CUGGCGCGGGGCACGCUGGGAGCUGCAGACGGCGGGCGCGGGCUGGGCUGGGCUGGGCUGGGCUGGGCUGGGCUGGGUCUAGUGGCGGCCGCACACCUCGCGUCGUCUGGAGCAGUGUUGCGUCGUGCGCUGAUGACAGGCCCGACACGCCCCUCUUACGUCCGCGAACCCGUCUUCGCUCAGCCUCUCGCAGCUUUGUGCUCGUGGGAGAGUCCCGCCUCCUUCUGCGAACCGCACCAGCCAGAGCCCGGGGUGCGCGGAGGGCGCGUCUCUGACGGAAGCCGGGGCGGACGGUCGGAGUCCGGAAGAAAAACAGUCCGCGACAGCGAGGCGCGUGAGACCGGCCGCCCGCAGGGCUGCUCUGGCCGGGACCCGCUGGCCGGGAGACACGAACCUGCCGGACCACCGCGCGGGGACGACGGCGGCCAUGAGCUCGCGGAAGCUGAGCGGGCCGAAAGGCAGGAGGCUCAGCAUACAUGUCGUGACUUGGAACGUGGCUUCGGCAGCGCCCCCUCUAGAUCUCAGUGACCUGCUUCAGCUGAACAACCAGAACCUGAAUCUUGACAUAUAUGUCAUUGGUUUGCAGGAAUUGAACUCUGGGAUCAUAAGCCUCCUUUCCGAUGCUGCCUUUAAUGACUCGUGGAGCAGUUUCCUCAUGGAUGUGCUUUCCCCUCUGAGCUUCAUCAAGGUCUCCCAUGUCCGUAUGCAGGGGAUCCUCUUACUGGUCUUUGCCAAGUAUCAGCAUUUGCCCUAUAUCCAGAUUCUGUCUACUAAAUCCACCCCCACUGGCCUGUUUGGGUACUGGGGGAACAAAGGUGGAGUCAACAUCUGCCUGAAGCUUUAUGGCUACUAUGUCAGCAUCAUCAACUGCCACCUGCCUCCCCACAUUUCCAACAAUUACCAGCGGCUGGAGCACUUUGACCGGAUCCUGGAGAUGCAGAAUUGUGAGGGGCGAGACAUCCCCAACAUCCUGGACCACGACCUCAUUAUCUGGUUUGGAGACAUGAACUUUCGGAUCGAGGACUUUGGGUUGCACUUUGUUCGGGAAUCCAUUAAAAAUCGGUGCUACAGUGGCCUGUGGGAGAAGGACCAGCUCAGCAUUGCCAAGAAACAUGACCCGCUGCUCCGGGAGUUCCAGGAGGGCCGCCUACUCUUCCCGCCCACCUACAAAUUUGAUAGGAACUCCAACGACUAUGACACCAGUGAGAAAAAACGCAAGCCUGCAUGGACCGAUCGCAUCCUGUGGAGGCUGAAGCGGCAGCCCUGUGCUGGCCCCGACACUCCCGGACUGCCGGCCCCAGACUUCUCCCUGUCUCUGAGGAGCUACGGCAGCCACAUGAUGUACGGCAUCAGCGACCAUAAGCCUGUCUCCGGCACGUUCGACUUGGAGCUGAAGCCAUUGGUGUCUGCUCCGCUGAUCGUCCUGAUGCCCGAGGACCCGUGGACCGUGGAAAAUGACAUGAUGGUCAGCUACUCUUCAACCUCGGACUUCCCCAGCAGCCCGUGGGACUGGAUUGGACUGUACAAGGUGGGGCUGCGGGACAUUAAUGACUAUGUGUCCUACGCCUGGGUCGGGGACAGCAAGGUCUCCUGCAGCGACAACCUGAACCAGGUUUACAUUGACAUCAGCAAUAUCCCUACAACUGAAGAUGAGUUUCUCCUCUGUUACUACAGCAACAGUCUGGGUUCUGUGGUGGGGAUGAGCAGACCCUUCCAGAUCCCACCUGGCUCCUUGAGGGAGGACCCACUGGGUGAAGCACAGCCACAGAUCUGAGCCAGGAUGGGACUGAAUCCCAGGCGGAGGCCAGAGCUGGCAGCCAGCUCUGCCUUUCCACUGCCAGGAGUGCUGGGGGCCCAGCCUGGCCCCCUGAAGAGACAGCCAAGUGUCCUCCACAUACUCCUCCCAGAGUGAGCUCUAACCAGGCUCCUUUGCUCUCUCCACUACUCAUCUCUGGAAUUAGCCACUUAAAUACAGGUUUUUGUUGCUGAGAUGUGAGUGAAACCAGCUAGUGUGUCAACAGUGAAGACCUGGGGACAGUUCUGCGUCUCAUUUCUGGAUUCCUACCCCCUCUUCUAGUCUUGCCCAAGUAGUCCUGCCAGGCACAUGCCCCAUUUGGCACAGGCCUGCAUUCUUGUCGUGCCGUCCUGGGCCUCAGGCUGUCUGGGAGGGGAGAUGCUCACAUUUGUACAGGCUACAUAGACUGGUGCAAGCAGUGCUGGAUUCCAGGAGUCUUGGCAUCUCAUAGCUUGUCCCCGUGAGGAGUGAGCAGAGGGUCUUGGAUUCCUGCUUUCAGCAAAAGCAGUCUGACUCAGUGGGCAGAAUGGAGGGGCCCCUCUAGCCAGGCUCUUACGCCAUGGUUGUGAGCAGGUUGAUGAGGGUCCUUCGGCCAGCACAACCUUUCUCCCUACCCAUGGCAUGGAGUCUGACUUCGUGGAAGUUCCAUAUCCUGAACAGAGAGAACUGGGAAGGAUCCAGGUUCCCUUCUGUUGGUAGCUUGAGUCCCAUGCCUCCACCCCGCCAUCUGAGGAAGGGGUGACAAGUGGUCAAGGAGCUGUGGCCACAGACUUUUCCAGGGUGGUCCUUGUCAGGUUAGGUGCAUCUGUGCCACCCUUGUCAAGAGUCAUUGACGACGGGCCCCCCUCUGGAUCCCCCGGGACCUCAGAGUUGGGGCAGGCAGAAGGGAGAACCAGCUCAAGACAUUUUGGAGGAUCUGGCCCUGGGGGUCUUCAGAGAACACACUCUAGGGGCUUUGUGGACAUGGCCUGUCCCCACAUCCAGCACUUGCCUGCUGCCAUGGUCACUCAGCAGCCCUUUUCCCAGGAGAAGACACCUCUGGGAGCCUGCUCAGUGCUUGUCCUGCCAUCCUGUGUCCUGGGACUGAGGGUUACUCCAGUUGCUCUGUGUUGCAUAUUCUCCCCCACAAGCCUGUGUAUGAAGAACUGUCCCCUGGCUUCCAGCAGGCCAUGGCUGGCUGUUUCGUGACUGUUACAUUGUGCAGGGAUAAUUAGAAGCAUGGCUUUUA